AUGUCAGACGUUGGAGAAACCAACAGCCACACAGGCUUUGAUGCUAUUGAUCAUCAGCCGGCGUACAUAUAUACUCCCAGUAACACCAACGAUGAUGCACUGGAGCGGCCUACAAAACGACGGAAGGUGGCUAGGGGAAGGCCUUCCGUACUGCAGCCACACGAUUCAAUAAACUCCCUGGUAUUCGAACCACUCUUAGGGGACUUUGAGACCCUCGAGUGCGUACAACAACGGCAAGAUCUUUUCCAGAAAUGCUGGUCUGAGACCGAUGCCCGAAUUCAGUCAAUUCUCAAUGAAGCAAACGAAGAUACACUGGCAGAAGUAACGGCAUUUGUGGAUGGUCCAGGAGACAUAAAUCAGGUUGAUGAUGAGAGAGUUCCUGCCAGCUUUAUUGUGACUGGUCCAAACAUUGCAUCUCAGGAUCUCCUCUUUAAACAGCUCUCUGCUCGACUGAAGAAAGAGAUCAAUGGACCUAUUGUCAUCUUGCGCUCCGGAGAUGCUUCAAAUUUGAAGGCUGUUCUCAAACAGCUCAUUCGGGACGCUACAAACCAAAGAUCAGAGGAUGAAGAAUUGUCCCAGGAGCAAGAUGGCCGGAAAUUGUUAAAUUACGACCUGGAGAUUCUGCAAAGCUAUGUCAAGAAACAUGGCAGUCAAAGGGUUGUGGUAGCAUUCCAAGACAGUGAGGCUUUUGAUACCAAUCUAGUGGUUGAUUUAGUCACCUUAUUCAGUGCUGAAUCGUGCAGCUCGUGGAUGGACCGCAUCCCAUUUACACUACUAUUUGGCAUUGCCACGUCGGUCGAACUCUUUCAGGAGCGGCUUCCUAGAGCUGCAAGUCGCUGUCUUUAUGGGUUUAGAUUUGAUGUCGAGCAGACGAGCAGCAUCUUGGAAAGAAUAUUUCAGAGCGCUGUAGUUAAUACAAAGGCCUCAUUGAGGUUAGGGUCAGAGGUUGUGGCAAGUCUGAUGGAACGCCAGUAUGAUCACGUACAAAGUGUGCAGUCAUUUAUUGUUGCAUUGAAGUACGCAUACAUGUGCCACUUCUACGGAAACGCCUUGAGCAUACUCACCAAUCCGUCAACAAGCUCCCAAUUGCUUUUGAAGCUUAUCAAACCUUAUCAUUUUGAGGCUAUUCGGAUGCUUCCAUCGUUCCGUAAGCUGAUUGAGUUGCGAGUGGAAUCGCAGGAGUUGGAUCGCGCUAGGGAGCUAAUUCAGGAUGACACCAUCCUGGUCCAGGAAAUCGAAGGCGCUCUCGAGUCCAAAGAUGGGAAUAUCCUCCGUCUUUUGAGAGCUUUCCAUGUGUUUGCAAGCGCUUUAUCUGAGCCACCUAGUGGGAUCGACUUGUACAUGACGAUAUUUGAGGGUGCCCUUAGUAACUCGGAUUAUCUUAAACGUGCCCUCGACUCUGUCAAGCGGAUGACGCCUGAUGACCUGGUUGUCUUCAUACAAAGAAUCAAGGGCGCUAUAGAGAAUGGAAGCUAUGAACUGGAUCUUGACGGAUGGGCCGAUGAAGAUGAGGGUUUGAUCAGAGAACUUCGAGAUGUGGAAAUGAAAGCCCUUGGGCUCUCGGAAAACUCUGCAGAUACAGAAAAACCGAUCCGUAGUAGCGAUGCUAUUCAUAGCAAAGGUCUUAGGACAACAGUCAUUGCCCAGAGAGUGCAACUGAGCUACGAGAAAUCAACCAUCACCGAAGAGGAGAAAGAGUUUAUAAAUCUCAUUGAUCACGUAUCCAGACUGCUGGAGCAAUAUUUCACAUUGGAAAACCCGAAGGAUAUAUUUCUUAAUGAAUUGUGGCUCUGCGACUCUGCCGAUUCAUUCCUCGAUGUCUUUGCACCUCGACCUCGAGCCGCAAUUGAGAAUGCGCUUUCGGCACCCCACGAGUAUCUUACUUGUGAGAUGGGUGGAUCUGAGGCAGGGUUGUCUUCAACACAUCCACCGACAGCUAUUAUCUACCAAAGUUAUCUUGAAGCGGGCUCUCUAAUCAAUAUGGCCGACCUGUGGACUACAUUUCAUGAAAUUCUGUCUGGCAAAAAGGGAGAUGAAGGCGACGAACGUGAGGCUCUAAUGCAAUUCUAUAGAGCACUGGCAGACCUAAAGCUCGUUGGUAUGGUGAAACAGAGCAAGAAGAAGGCAGAUCAUCUCGCUAAGGUAGCUUGGAAGGGUCUCUGA